UGAUCAUAUCAUUUGGCAUGCAUCAUUACCUGUUUUAAAUCGUGCUCAAAUUAUUGAUAACUUGUAUUAUUUUUUUGUAAAAGAAAAACAACUUUUUAUGUGGUUCAGAAUCUUAGACUAUUUACAAGACGAACACGAGUAUGAAGUUUGGUACCCAAUGAUUAGAAUUUUGGAAGACAUGUCAACUUACUUUCCAUUUGCUGAUCUGGAUGUUACUUUCAAGGCGUCACUAAGAUCUCUCUUAGAAAGACUUCUUCCUCACAUUUUAUUUGACAAGUAUGUUACAACGCCAUUUCACACAUGUUUGCGAUACGAAGUAUUUAAAUGGGCGUGUCUCUUCAGUAGUAUUAUGUGUCACUCUAUUGCUCAUGAAGAACUGAAACACAUUGAUGAAAAUAUUUCUGCCAUCUCUGGACAAUAUAAAACUAAAACAGGACUAUGGCAAGAAUGGAUUUAUUGCGAUGGAUUAAGAAACGUAACAUUAGACGUACUGGAGAAA